CCGGGAGUCGGAAGGAAACUGGGCGGCAUAAAGAAAGUUAAUUGUUUUAACACACACCCAAACUAUCACAAGGAGAGAAUCAAUUCAAGUCUCACUCCAGAAAAAAAGCUGUAAUUAAAAGGAAAAAAAGAAAAAAGAAAAGAUCUUGCAAGGAGGAGAUGCACAGAGAAAGCGAGCAACAAGUGCUGGCACUUGGGCGCUCCGGGGAGUUUGCACCAGUGGCUGGUUCAGCUUGCGGUAGCUCCUCACCGCCAGCCCUCCCUCUCUGGCAUACAUGUAACACGAAACUUCGUAUCUCCAGGACAACCAAUAACAAAAAAAAGGCAGAGACAACAGCUGGCUGUCAGCAGCAGAAGAGAGGAGCCGAACGAGGAGCGAGACACAAGCCAGGAUGAGGGGAGAGAUGACGUGAAAGUUCAAGAAGACAGAGAGAAAAACAAGAGGAGCAGAAGAGUUCGUCGCGCGGCUGGGAAAUCCCAAAGCAGUGAGAGCCCUUGGAACCAGCGUGCAGUCAGAAGUGCAGUCGAGCAGAAAAACAUUUGCCUCCUCAUGGGUAGGCUGGAGACUGCACCACCGACAUCAAACUUUGUCCGUGAAGAAGUUCAAACCAAGAGCCAAGAGCAGAAAACACAAAUCACUUCACCUCUGCCUGCACUGCCAUCUCUUGGAAUGGAAACAAAACUGGAACCUUGCUGACAGAUUCCCACAGCACCGUGCAAAGGAUAAAGCAGCCAUUUCUGGAGCAGCUCACUUGGGCAUAAAGCCUGGAGAGGUUGAGCCAGAAUGUCUUCUGAAGGCUUUCUGAAGGAAAUGCAAACCAUUGGUGAGAAGUUUCUCCUUAAACUCCAGAAACUGCCCAAGGCUGACCCAGUGGAGAUUGUGUCCUUUUGUGUGGUUCUUCUGUUUAUCGUUACUGUUCUGCUCCUCAUGAUCAUUGCCUGCAGUUGCUGCUGCUAUAGCUGCUGUAGCUGCGAUGGACGUCCUGACCACAGACGUAGGAAGAUCCAGGUCCGCCCAGUUGCCCAUUCAUAAAGUGCAACAAGAGGUGACACAACAUACUAUCAAGGAUAUGCAUGGACAUCAUGAUUCAGUCCUAUGGGAAUGACUUUCUACACUAGCUCACUGAAAAUGGCAAUAACAACAUUAAUUAAUAUGACUCAGAGGACCAGAAAUCACAGCAUGGAAUUCCUUCUUUUUGUGACAGCCACUACUGGGCUCCGUGGUGUGACUAGAAAGAUCCAGGAAACCAAGCCCUCUUCUCUCCACCACAACCUGCAGCCUUCCCCAGUAGAGGACACAGUGGGCCUUUACAAACACUGGAACAGGUGCAUGAGUGGAUAAAGUCAUGGAGACAAAGAAAUGUCUGAGCAACAGCUGAACUGGGUCUUUUUACCUAGGCUCAAGGCCUUUGAUUAGAUUAGACACACCUUUGCAGGAAAGUCAGCUGUUAAUCAUUUACUGCAGUACAGGCAACUUCCAUGCUAGCUCUACAAGUCUCCAGCUACAGCAAGGGGGUCCCUCAACACUAGCCAAGAUCUCUUGGAGUGGGUGCAGAGGAAGCACCAGAAGAAACGCCUACUAGAAACACAACAGCUUCAGCAGGGUGGAAGCCAGCAUGUCAUUAGUAGAAGAGGGAUCCUCAGUUCUGGAAGACCUAAAGAGACUGAUUGCAACAAGUGACUGGGCUCUUGGAGGGCUAGUGGUGAUUGGCAUCUUCUGUCUUGUUUUUAUUGCUCUCCUUUUAUUUGCUGCCAUCUUUGGGUGCUGCUCAUCUCCAAGGCACAAAUAGAGUGGUGCAUAAACAGCAAAGAUGAGAUACAGUACUUGGAGCCCUACAGCUAAGCAAGAAUCAGCCCAGCUACAAACUGAUUGUGCUGCUCAUUGAGAAGCUUUCUAAUCUUUUCUCCCUGGUUCGUUAUUUCUCCCCAUGCAACUUUCCUGCAUCAAGAGCAAUGCACCAAUGCCAGCAAGUUGUUCUGCAAGUCCACAGCAAAGUCAAUACUUAAGGCUAUCAGUAUUCAGGAACUGUGUGACUAGCCAAAUACCAAAGUCAACUCAUCUCUGCCUGAUUUUCAUCUUUGAAGCACAACCACCGGUUAAAGGUGGCAAAUGGUCAGCCACCACCUAAAACUGAUAAAGCUGUCUUCCGCUGCUGCAGUUACAUGAUUUUUUUUUUUUCCAUCUUGCAAAUGGGCAACAGGAAAUUCUGACCAGCAAAAGCUUUGUCUAAACCUACUCUCUAAAAGCAGCUUAUAACAUUGUUCUCCUGUCAUGCUCGGACACUAGCCUAAAUAUACUAUGCAAAAACUUGCUUGCCAGUA